AUGUCUUUCCGAGGAGGGGCAAACGCGACAUCUGGCAUGGGCGUUGCUGAUCACAGCAAAAGCACAUACAUGGAAUUGCAAAGGAAGAAGGCACAUCGCUAUGUGAUCUUUAAGAUUGAUGAGAAGAAAAAGGAGGUCGUUGUUGAAAAGAUUGGUAGUCCAGCCGAGGGUUAUGAUGAUUUCACUGCAUCACUGCCUGAGAAUGAUUGCCGAUAUGCAGUUUAUGACUUUGAUUAUGUGACUUCUGAGAACUGCCAAAAAAGCAAGAUCUUUUUUAUAGCAUGGUCUCCUUCUGUCUCUCGGAUCCGUGCCAAGAUGCUUUAUGCCACCUCCAAGGAAAGGUUCAGGAGGGAGCUGCAAGGUAUAAAUAAAUACUACACUGGGAAGGCUGAUUUAGGAAUUCUGACGUAUAUCCCAGAUUGUGGGGAUUAUGCAAUUCCUCAUUCUCAUGAUGCUUCCCAGAUGAAAAAACGUGUGGGAUUAUGGUUGUCAACAUUUUAUUUUUUCUUUCUCAAGCCUCCCUGCUACUUGAUUUGA